AUGGGCUUCCACAAUUCAUCCAUGAACAUCCACCUCAGGGACAGGCACGUCCUCUGCGCCUACUGCCAGCGACCUUCCGGAGAAGCCACGUAUUCCGAGCUGGACCUGGACUCGAUCCUCGGGACGGUGAAGGGCAAAUUCAAAUGGAGCGCCGAGAACUUCUCCGGUUCGGCGUCGGAUAUCUACCUUGAACAGGAGGGUCCGAUGUAUGAGCCCAUCUUGCAUGUGCAGCUGGAUGACGGGGACGGGCCCUAUGAUGACUAUGUGAACUUGGCGUAUUGUAUCAAGAACGAGGAUGGGAAAUUGAAGUACAUGGAUUGUUUCUAG